AUGGGUGACGGUCGCGAUACUUCCGGUCUGCGCCCUGGUGCCGUUGGAUCUUCUGCAAGAAGCCAUUUCCCCAGAAUCCCAAUGAAAUUGGAAAACACUUACAGACUAGAACCUGUGGCCCAAAUAUCCAGACUCGCAAUGACGAAGGUAAUUAAGGACACCUUUGAAGGGAUUCUGGGAAACAAGCAAUAUGAUGAAGGAGAGAGUCCCGACCUUGUAAAACUGUUAAGUGACAUGAUCAAGGAACAGGUUAAAAGCUUGGGCUACCAGCGGUACAAAAUCGUAGCCACGGUAGCCCUUGGACCAUCUAAGGGUACCACUUUGACUAGUGCAAGCCGAUUCGUAUGGAACGACAGCUGUGAUACAUACGCAGAGUACGUCUACACUAACGCCUGCAUGUACGCUAUCGGAACUGUGUUCACGGUUUUCUUGGACUAG